AUGGCAGCCCCUGACCAAAAAAACGCCAACGUCCAGCUUCUCGCAUGUCUCGUCGACGAAGAAGACGACGGUGACAGUGACUAUCGCUUCCUGGUCGACGGGCGCUCUGUAAAGUACAUAACCACGGCCCCGGGCGCGUUCCGCGGGGCCGAGGAAGACCGCACCUUUGAGCCCAUCCUGCUGGGCGAGCUUCUACCCCCGUUUCCCGCCGGCCCGUGGAACACGGGCCACAUUGCGCGGAGCCCCGACACCGGCUGCGCGGCCUUUGUCCGAACCGAGACGGUGCAGCUGCCCGGGGUGGAGGGGCUCUGGCACCCGGUGACGCUCAGCGAGGUCGAGUUUACGCGACAGGACCGGUACAGGCAGCGCGUCCACAUCUCCACGCACCCGGGUGUGAACGGCGGCCGCCCCGUGGUCGUCAAGCUCGCCGUCUGGCCCUGGGAGAUUGGCCUCGCCGAGGCGGAGACGGCCGCGUACCGGUGGAUCAGGGACAGCGGCGUCGGUCCCCGCUUCUUGGGCCAUCUCGCCGAGGACGGCGACGGGCGCGUGGUUGGCUUCGUGAUCGAGUGGCUCGACGGCGCGCGCGCGGCGGGGCCAGAGGACCUGGACGGCUGCAGAAAGGCGCUGGGUCGGCUGCAUGGGCUCGGCAUCAAGCUGGGUGAUAUCAAUAGGCACAACUUUUUAGUGCGGAGUGGGCAUGAUGUGGUGUUGACGGACUUUGAGAUGGCGAGACGCGACUGUUCGCCGGAGCAGCUGGAAGAGGAGAUGAGCGCACUUGAGAGCAGCCUGAACGACACGAGUAAACCAUCGCCCAAAGUACAUGGUAUGCGCGUUCCGCCAAGCCUUCGCAGAACAUCAGUCACUUCUGGGGUUCCUAGCGAGAUUGAUGUGGACAUCACUCAACUGUUCAAUAAACUGGCGAGCCGUGAGGAUAUAGGUCGCUUCGAUGGGAAGACUGCCUGGUAUCCAGGUGUGAUAAUUUACGUGGUCGCACAAGACAGCUAUCCAUACUCUAUGUCUAUCAAGAAUGUUUCCCUCGCUUUUUUCUCAUUCCACGGAGAGAGGGAGAGACUGCCUCGCACACGUGUGUACGCGUGCCCAUCCGGCAACUCGCCAAUGUCUAAGCCAUUCCAUUUGCCGCCAUGUCGGCUGGAUGCUUGGCCGAAGCCAUCACAGCCUGUCAGAAGCAAAACCCGGCGCCGCCGCAUCUUGGACCGUGAUGUGCUGCUGCACCUCUAA